AUGUCAACAUCAACUGCAACUUCAACAUCCCUCCUCAACUUCGAUUUCAACUUCAACACCUCAACCGCAACCUCACUUCAACUCAUCAACCUCAACCUCAUCCUCAACUGCAACUUCAACUCCGCAAUCGCAAUUCUCGAACUACUCUCUCCUCUCGUUUUUUACCUUGCGUUACUUCAAAUCGAAAUUUGCAGCCUUACCCGUGAGCUCGAGAAGAAGCUCUCGGACAAGUAUGUCGUGUUCAUUGGCCAGCGCCGCGUUCUCCCCAAGGAGUCGCGCAAGUCGAACGCCAAGCUCGGCCAGAAGCGCCCCCGUUCGCGCACUCUCUCCGCCGUUCAGGACGCUACCCUCGACGACCUUGUCUUCCCCUCCGAGAUCACUGGCCGCCGCACCCGCGUCGCCCAGGACGGUGCCAAGCUCGGCAAGGCCUACCUUGACGCCAAGGACCAGAACCUCCUCGAGUACAAGCUCGACGCCUUCUCGUCCAUCUACCGCGCUCUCUGCGGCAAGGAGGUCGUCUUCGAGUUCCCCGUCCAGGCCUCCGACUAA